AUGGCAAAAAGAGGAGCUCAGCAGGACUCAGAGAAGUUCUCUUGUUCCAUCUGUCUGGAGCUGCUGAGGGAUCCAGUGACGGUUCCCUGUGGACACAGCUACUGCAGCAGCUGUCUGAAAAGACACUGGGACAAAGAGCACAUCAAGGGCUUCUACAGCUGUCCUCAGUGCAGGAGGAAGUUCAUGCGGAGGCCGACCCUGGAGAAGAACGUCAUGUUAGCAGAGUUAGUGGAGGACCUGAAGAAGACUGGAGCCCGAGCUGCUGCAGCUGCUUCCUGCUCUGCUGGACCUGGAGAUGUGUCCUGUGAUGUUUGCUCUGGGAGGAAGCUGAAAGCUGUCAAGUCCUGUCUGGUCUGUUUGGUCACAUACUGUGAGAAACACCUCCAGCCUCACUAUGAAUGUCCUGCUUUUAAGACCCACAAGCUGGUGGAGCCGUCCAAGAACCUCCAGGAGAAGAUCUGCUCUCGUCAUAAUGAGGUGAUGAAGGUUUUCUGUCGCACUGAUCAGCAGUGUAUCUGUUACCUCUGCGCCAUGGAGGAACACAAAGGCCACCAAACAGUCCCAGCUGAAGCAGAGAGGAGGAAGAAGCAGGAGAAGCUGGAGGAGAGUCGACUGAACAUCCAGAGGAGAAUCCAGGAGCGAGAGAAAGACGUGAAGCUGCUUCCUCAGCAGAUGGAGGAGAUCAACGUCUCUGUCGAUAAAGCAGUGGAGCACAUCCGUCUCAUCCAGCAGAGAAUUUCUGAGGUGAAGCAGCAGCUCAGAUCCCAGCAGCAAACGGCAGUGAGGGGCCUCAAAGAGCACGAGGAGAAGUUCAAGCGGGAGAUCGCUGAGCUGAAGAGGAAGGACGUCCAGCUGGAGCAGCUGGCUCACACUGAGGACCACACCCAGUUUCUCCACAGCUACACCUCAGUGUCAGCUCUCAGCGAGCCCACACACUCCUCCAGCAACCACACUGCUGCUCCCAGAUACUCUGAGGAUGUGGCAGCAGCUGUGUCCGAGAGCAGACAGAAGCUACAGGACAUCCUGAGAGAGACGGGGACAAACGAUGUCCUGUAG